AAACGUCUCUCUGACAGCAAAAGUCUUCUGUGAGACCCCUCAAUGAGCAGGUGCUGGUGUAGUGCUCGAGGAGCCAGAUCAAGAGAACAGGCAUUUCCAUCUCAUCCUGUAUUCCUCACGUUUCUACAAGAAGAGAAAAAGGUGUGAACAUUUCUUACGGAGAAAUACCAAAAGAUGUGAAGAGACAGUUUGGCACGCAGUUUCUCUGGUGAUCAUGACAUGCAGCAGGACGUGCUAACUUGACAAUUCAACUGUUUGGUCAGGUCUCCAGUGGAAGCCCAUGCAUCUCCAUCCUCCAUGUUUUCCCGGACAGGACACUCAGUAGCUCUUCCACGAAGGCUAUGCGGAAGUUGACCCUGCCCUGAUGCCCUUUAAUGCCUAACAUCCCACAAGCCUCUUCCCUUCUCUCAGCAAUGCCACCACACCUUCAGACGCUGCUCCUGGUAGCACUGUCCAGUGGGCCCCUUCUAUCACAUGGUGACUCCAGUUUUGCCAGGAAGGAGAUCAAGAUCGAUGGCGACCUGGUCUUAGGUGGGCUGUUCCCGGUCCACGAGAAGGGUGCCGGCAUGGACGAGUGCGGCCGCAUCAACGAGGGUCGUGGGAUCCAGCGCUUGGAAGCCAUGUUGUUUGCCAUCGAUGAGAUCAACCGAGACCCAGCACUGCUGCCCGGCGUGGUGCUAGGUGUGCAUAUUCUGGACACCUGCUCACGUGACACCUAUGCCCUGGAACAGGCGCUGGAGUUCGUCAGGGCCUCGCUCACCAAGGUGGAUGACACCGAGUUCAUCUGCCCUGACGGGUCAUAUGCCCUGCAGGACAACAGCCCGCUGGCCAUAGCCGGAGUCAUCGGGGGCUCCUACAGCAGUGUCUCCAUACAGGUUGCCAACUUGCUGAGGCUGUUCCAGAUCCCCCAGAUUAGCUACGCCUCCACUAGUGCCAAGCUGAGUGACAAGUCCCGAUAUGACUACUUUGCCCGGACAGUCCCUCCCGACUUCUACCAAGCUAAGGCCAUGGCAGAGAUCCUUCGCUUUUUCAACUGGACCUACGUAUCCACAGUGGCAUCUGAGGGAGACUAUGGAGAAACAGGCAUCGAGGCUUUUGAGCAGGAGGCCCGGCUGCGGAACAUCUGCAUUGCCACCUCUGAAAAGGUGGGCCGCUCCAAUUCCAAGAAGUCAUACGAUGCUGUCAUUCGGCAGCUGCAGCAGAAACCCAACGCCCGGGUGGCCGUGCUCUUCAUGCGCAGUGACGAUGCCCGUGAGCUACUGGCCGCUGCCAGCCGCCUCAAUGCUUCCUUUACUUGGGUUGCUAGUGAUGGUUGGGGGGCUCAAGAGAGCAUUGUCAAGGGCCAAGAGACAGUGGCUAACGGUGCCAUCACAUUAGAGUUGGCGGCCCACCCUGUGGAGGAGUUUAACCGCUACUUCCAAUACCUGAACCCAGUCAACAAUAGGCGCAACCCCUGGUAUAAAGACUUCUGGGAGCAGAAGUUCCAGUGCUCCCUGGGAGGGGAUGGUGGACGCAAGCCUUGUGGGAAACACCUGGCCAUCGACAGCUCCAAUUUUGAGCCAGAAUCUAAAAUCAUGUUUGUAGUGAAUGCAGUCUAUGCCUUAGCCCACGCUCUACACCGCAUGCAGCGGACCUUGUGCACCAACACCACGCAGCUCUGCGAUGCCAUGAAGCCACUGGAUGGACGGAAGCUCUACAGGGACUACCUGCUCAACAUCAACUUCCGGGCUCCCUUUACUCCCCCUGGGGUUGAAAGUGUUGUGAAGUUCGAUGCGUAUGGUGACGGCAUGGGUCGCUACAACAUCUUCAACUACCAGAAGAGAGCAGACAAGUACUCCUACGUCCAUGUGGGUGAGUGGGCAGAGAUCCUGACUCUCAACAAUGACCUGAUCCAAUGGCCACGCCUCUCCGUGCCCACCUCCCAGUGCAGUGACCCUUGUGCCCGCAAUGAGAUGAAGAAGAUGCAGGCUGGAGAGUUUUGCUGCUGGAUCUGCACUCCCUGUGAGCCCUAUGAGUACCUGGCCGAUGAGUUCACCUGCGUGCCCUGUGGGCCCGGCCAGUGGCCAGGUGAGGAUCUUACAGGAUGCUAUGACUUGCCAGAGGACUACAUCAUGUGGGAGGAUGCCUGGGCCAUCGGACCUGUGGCCAUUGCCUGUGUGGGCUUUGUCUGCACCUUGCUGGUGGCCGGUGUCUUCAUCCGCCACAACAACACACCGUUGGUGAAAGCCUCUGGCCGUGAGCUCUGCUACAUUCUCCUGCUGGGUGUCCUCAUGUCCUAUGGCAUGACUUUCUUCUUCAUCGCGAAGCCAUCACCUGCCAUCUGCGCAAUCCGUCGCCUGGGCCUGGGCACCUCCUUUGCCGUCUGCUACUCAGCUUUGCUCACCAAGACCAACCGGAUUGCACGCAUCUUCGGCGGCGUGAAGGAGGGCACGCAACGGCCACGGUUCAUCAGCCCCAGCUCCCAGGUCUUCAUCUGCCUAAGCCUCAUCUCGGUGCAGCUGGUCAUGGUGUCCAUCUGGUUGCUGCUGGAGGUUCCUGGCACACGCCGCUUCACACUGCCCGAGAAGCGGGAGACGGUCAUCCUCAAGUGCAACGUGCGUGACUCCAGCAUGCUGCUCUCCCUGUCCUACGAUGUAGUGCUGGUCAUCCUCUGCACCGUUUACGCCUUCAAGACCAGGAAGUGCCCGGAGAACUUCAACGAGGCCAAGUUCAUCGGCUUCACCAUGUACACUACCUGCAUCAUCUGGCUGGCUUUCCUGCCCAUUUUUUAUGUCACAUCCAGUGACUACAGGGUGCAGACCACCACCAUGUGCAUAUCGGUGAGCUUGAGUGGCUUUGUGGUCCUGGGGUGCAUGUUUGCCCCCAAGGUGCACAUCAUCAUGUUCCAGCCACAGAAGAACGUGACCAGCCAUCGGCUCAACAUGAACCGCUUCAGCGUUGCUGGCACGGGGACAGGGUAUUCGCACGCAUCCGCGAUGGCAGACGUGGGCAGGGUGACAGCAUCUGUGAAUGCUCGCUACGUUCCCACCGUUUGCAACGGGAGAGAGAUCGUCGACUCCACCACGUCCUCUCUGUGACCAUGUAACCACCUAACCCCAGCUUAGACUGUUAGCAAAUUUGCACAUGUUGUGCACCCUCCUGUGAUCUAGUGUCAUGUAUGUAGAAAGUAUGUAUUAAAUUAUUUUUAAGGGCUGUACAUAUUAACUGACGUUGUAGAGAAAAGAAAAGGAAAAACUUUUUAGGCUGUUUUUGGGACUUUGUUUUUGAUAGUUUUACUAUGCUUUGUAAAUAACCAUGACCUCCAUUGUUAUGCGGUCAGUUUUCAACCGUAACAGACAGUAACAGGACUGUCUGGCAAUAUGGGACAAACUUUCUUUGUCUUGUUAUUUUGUAGGCCUCAUUGUUAUAAUUAAUUCAGUAUGCAUUUCUAUGUUGUACUGUAAAUAUAAUGUGUACAUUAAAUUUAACUGAUGGUUUUAACAGCACAAACUAAAAAGGCAAACAAAAAGAAAAUGAAGCACAGUUCAUAUUCAAAGAAAAAAAAUCCAACUACUGAUCAGUGUUAAUAAAAUCUGUGAUACCUAUAAAACUCUUUUGGGACAUUCAUAGGAAAGUUUUCAAGGAUCCUGGUACUGGUAUUGUUAAUGAUUAGCGAACGGUUAGUGAAAUGUAAUGUUUAACAACGGCUUUUUGUGCCUUAAAUUGCGUCUUGGUAGUUUUUCAGAGGCUUUCUUGUCAGGCUGUGUGCAUGUAGACAGAGCAGGCAGCUGCCUUUAUGUGGACUGUUUACAGUUUCAUAAGUGUGUGUGCUGUGUUUUUACCUUCAGUUUAUAAGCUGUUGUUUCCAUAGCGAUAAAACUAUCCCAGCUGACCAACACUGAGUGGUGACAUGGAGCAGUAAUAAGGGAUGAGAGUUUUCUGGAGGGAGUGUGAAAGUCUUUGUGAUUUGUGUUUAUGUCGUUGUGAAGCACUUCCAAGUAAACCUGUGAAAUAACAAAGAGAAAGACAGAACACGCAAAACAACAAAGAGGAGAAACUGAGAGCAGACCGAUAGUGCAGUAACUAAGAACGUGAGUAUUCCCAAAGCCAUUCAUAUUUAUUAAAUCAUCAGGAUCACAAUUAAGAACAGGUAUAAAUUUAUGGUGACUUUUUACAACUCAGCUUUAAUGUACAUCACUAUACAAAAAUAUAUAAAAGGGUGAACAAUGGAGCUUGCAAAUAACAUCUGGAGAACAUUGGUAUUGUUUGGUCUUCCAGUUUGUGUACAUUUUAAAGCAGGGAUUUGUUUUUCCACAAGACCUACACCUUUAAAGAAAAACACAUUUAAUCUAACCUAAUUGGCCUUUCUUCAAGGAAUGGAGAGUUCUACUGGCAGUAAACAGAUAUGAGAGAUUAAAUAUUAACUCAGACACAAAGACUUGAAUGCCCAUACUUUAAAAAAAAUAUAUAUAUCUAUAUAUAUAUACAGUAUAUACCGGUAGUGUAUA